GGCGUCAGGGGCAUGGAGGAGCGGCGGGCUCGGAGCCGCGCCCCGGAGUCCGCGAAACUUCCGAGCGGGCGCCAGUCCGCGUCGCUGCCGCCGCCGCUUUGCCUGCCGGCCUGAGAGCGGGACCAUGGAUGAAAGGUUCAACAGGUGGCUGCUGACGCCGGUGCUCACUCUCCUCUUCGUGGUCAUCAUGUAUCAGUACGUGUCCCCCUCCUGCACCAGCUCCUGCGCCAACUUCGGGGAGCAGCCCCGCGCCGGGGAGGCCGGCCAGCCUGCCGCCCCGAGUCCCGCCCGCCGGGCACAGGCGCCGCUCGAGGAGUGGGAGCGACGGCCCCAGCUGCCCCCGCCACCUCGGGGGCCGCCCGAGGGGUCUCGGGGGGCCGCGGCGCCGGAGGACGAGGACGAGGAGCCGGGGGACCCUGAGGAGGAGGAGGAGGAGGAGGAGGAGGAGGAGGAGGCUGAGGAGGAGGAAGAGGAGCCGGACCCGGAGGCCCCCGAGAACGGUUCCCUGCCCCGGUUCGUGCCGCGCUUUAACUUCACCCUGAAGGACCUGACCCGCUUCGUGGAUUUCAACAUCAAAGGGCGCGACGUGAUCGUGUUCCUGCACAUCCAGAAGACCGGGGGCACCACGUUCGGUCGGCACCUGGUGAAGAACAUCCGGCUGGAGCAGCCGUGUAGCUGCAAAGCCGGCCAGAAGAAGUGCACCUGCCACCGGCCGGGCAAGAAGGAGACGUGGCUUUUCUCUCGCUUCUCCACCGGCUGGAGCUGCGGACUGCAUGCCGACUGGACGGAGCUCACCAACUGCGUGCCGGCCAUUAUGGAGAAGAAAGACUGUCCCCGCAACCACAGCCACACCAGGAAUUUCUAUUACAUCACCAUGUUGCGGGAUCCAGUGUCUCGGUACCUGAGCGAGUGGAAACACGUCCAGAGAGGGGCCACGUGGAAAACUUCCCUCCACAUGUGUGAUGGGAGAAGCCCCACCCCCGAUGAGCUGCCGACCUGCUACCCUGGGGACGACUGGUCCGGGGUCAGCCUGCGGGAGUUCAUGGACUGCACCUACAACCUGGCCAACAACCGCCAGGUGCGCAUGCUGGCGGACCUCAGCCUGGUGGGCUGCUACAACUUGACUUUCAUGAACGAGAGCGAGAGGAGCGCCAUCCUGCUGCAGAGCGCCAAAAGCAACCUGAAGAACAUGGCUUUCUUCGGGCUCACGGAAUUCCAGAGGAAGACACAGUUUCUCUUUGAGAGGACAUUCAACCUCAAGUUCAUCUCCCCCUUCACGCAGUUCAACAUCACGCGGGCUUCCAACGUGGAAAUCAACGAGGGCGCCCGCCAGCGCAUCGAGGAGCUGAACUUCCUGGACAUGCAGCUGUACGAGUACGCGAAGGACCUCUUCCAGCAGCGCUACCACCGCACCAAGCAGCUAGAACACCAGAGGGACCGGCAGAAGAGACGGGAGGCGCGGAGGCUGCAGCGGGAGCACCGCGGCCACCGGUGGCCCAAACGGGAGGGGAACCCAGAGGGGGCGGUCACGGAGGACUACAACAGCCAGGUGGUGAGAUGGUGACCCCCUGCCCUCUCCUCCCCCGGGAAGGGGAGGACGAGCAGGCGCACUGACCUACCUUGGAGAAUGUUGGCCCAAGCUGAGGACAUCUGGCUGUAGGUGGCUUGAUUUGGACACCUGCUUCCUCUUUGUCGUCACCUUUAUCCAGCUGGAGAUGAUCCGUCUUGUUCUUUUUUCCCUGACGCUUUUCAAUCCGCGAUGUUAAGUAGAGUCAGAUGCGUUCAAUAAUAGACCACUUUAGAAGGUCAAGGGGAGAAGCAGCACAAAGAAAAGAGUCCUUGGAAUCUCUUUUGCAGCAGCAUAGGUUAGAGUUUGGGUAACUGGAACCCACCAGGGCACAUAUGAAAAGCCUAAUUAUGGCCUGGAUGUUCUGCUGAAACUGGUCUGUUGGUACUGUGUCUGUAAUGGAGAUACUGCUCUGUAAAGAGAGGAAAAGAAGGCUUUUUCAGCCCUUAGAUGAGGUUUAACGCCAGCUCUUGCUUGGCUGUUGGCUCUCAUCUUUGAACUCUAUUUCAUGUGGUUUUAAUCAUAAGUAGUGUAAUGUGUUUUGUUGUUAAGGUUGUUUUUCAACAAGAUGACCCUACUACUGGCCAUCACUGGAGACUCACAUCCCCUGCAUCUUAACUCUAAGUCAUGCCUUCUCCCCCAUCUUUUAGGGAACAGCUAUUGGAUUGAGGACAGGGGUGCCUGUGGCCCCAGGGAAAUUAACAUUGGUAGGGACAUUCAGGAGAAACCGUCCUUAUCAAUGAAUGCCUAGAGAGAUCAGCCUUUACCAUUUUAUUUUCAGUGUAAGGAAUGAAUGAUAAAUUAAGAGGAAAAAAAGCAGGAGGAUUACUAUAUGCCUAACCUUUCCAAUCUGGCUACAGAACCUUAGUUUCUGAGGACUAUUUCAGAGCUUUACCUCUUUGGAACAGUCAUCUUCUUUGAUACGGUUACGCCAAGUUUGAAACUCUGCUGUCACAGAGGAAAAGACGUUUAAAAAUAAUUUGGUCUGAAGAAUAGGAGCUUGGCCAGCAUGUAUACAAACCAUAGUAAAGAUCACUAAAUAAAAAAACAGCUCUGGGGAAGGGGAUAGCUCAGUGGUAGAGCGCAUGCCUAGCAUGCAUGAGGCCCUGGGUUCCAGCCUCAGUAUAUCUAUUAAAUAAAUAAAUAAAUAAAUAAAUAAAUAAAUAAAUAAAUAAAUAAAUACACAAACCUGAUUACACCCCCCAAAAAAUAGGUCUGAUUGGGGCCAUGAGACAUGGAACACAGUGGGGUGGUUAUCCCAGGUGUUUAGAAAGACCCUACCUCCCAACAUGUUAAAUAUCUCUCGCCUGAUAACUUUUUUUGAUCUCUCCCGUUGUCAGGCUGUGGCCACUGCCACUACAUCAGGCUAGAGAGCGUAUAAAACAGAACCGGAAAAUGUGCUGCGUUGCCAAGUGCUUCUUCUUCUCACCAUUUCCCAGUCACAAAUACAGUAACACAAAAGUUUUUGAAUAAUGAAGGAAGAAGUAUGGUAGAGAGGAAUAAAGAGCCCUUGCCAAGCAUUUAGUAGGAGAUCAGAGUGGGUAGAAAGUUUCACAGCAGAUUGAUCUGAUCAAUCCCUUCGAGAAGCUGAAGGCAAAAUGAGUAAAACCCGUAAAUCAGAUUGAAAAGCCUAUUUCAUUGAUAUCCAACAUGUUUGAUGUUUAAGCCAGCUUUACAUAAGCCACGUCUCAGCCUCCAGAAUACUCUCUCUGGGGUUGAGAGUUAAUCAACCCACUAGCAUUCAUGGAGUGCUUGUCUGUACAGAGGGGAGCCUGGUGUCUCCAUCAAAGAGAGAUCUGGAGAAGAGGCUCAGAUAACUCUUACACUACCCUUGGCUUCAGCUGUCACGGGAGGAAAGGCAUUACUGAGACGUUCUUUGUGGCAGGAACUUGGGGAGACCCUUUUCAUACCUCAAAUCUAUUCACAAAAAGGUAGAUAUUGUUAGCCCCAAUUUCACAGAUAAGGAAAGUGAAACCUGCAGACACUAAGUAGCUUCCUCAUGGGCGUGAGUUAGGUCUGGCUGACUGCAAAGUGCAAGCUCUUUUUCCUCCAUCAUGUUUUCCAUAUGGGAUAAAAGCUUCCUGCCAAUCAGGCAAGAAGCCACCUGUUAUUGCCCAGAAGGAUUUGUCUCUAACCACGUGGGUGACACAACUGUGACAACACCGAGCGAGCAGGGACCCAGAGCCAUGUUACCCUGGCUCAGCCCAGCCUCCUCCAGAUCACUGACCCAGCAAGGAGCUGAGAGAUUGAUGACUUCAUAGGCAGUUGUAAUUUUUGAGCCAUAUACGGAGUGAGUUAAAGGGGCCAGGUAAAUAUUGCUUGUUAGUUGGUAGAGAUUAGGUUCACAAAACAUCAGUGUUCCCCUUCCUGACGAUUUGUUCCUGAGGUAGAGAAGGAAGGAGGAUUGCAGCUGGAAUUAAUGAGCGGAAUUCUCUCUGUCUUCUCAUUUUGAUGGUAGGAUCUAACACUGCCUAGAAUGGCAGGGCUGCAAAUUAUCUUUCUGCCUGCCACUGUGAAACACGCAUGCACGCUCACACACACAUACACACACGCACGCACAAUAGCAAUCCAGUGUCUUGUCAUGUGGAAAAUCAAAACAAGUUCGAAAGCGUUCAGAUUGUUUCUUUUAAACUCACUUUACAUUUUUGGCAGGGAAUUCAUGCAUAGCUGAGACUUGGAGGCAGCCUCUGCUAACUUCACACUGUUCCUUGGGCACCUCGGGAUUUAUAUCAAAAGGCUUUCUGCAGCCUUGCUGCUGAAGGCGUGAUGUAUGGGGCUCCACUUGAGACCCGACAUCAGGAUGUUCAGAGGAGAAACCAUCUCUUGGUAUUGGCCCGAGGCCAGUGCUGAGCAAAUUAAAAAGACCUACAUGGGCUUCCGCCCUGGUAUCAUUUCAUUCUAAAGCAGCUCGUUCAUCCUAUCCCCUGGGGUCCUGUGUUGACAGAAAUGAAGAGGUGGGGGUACAGUUUGUUCUCUGAAAAUUGACUGCACAGUGCCAUGCCAAGCGAUGUUUGGGGAAGGGAUGUCAGCAGAAGGCAUCUGGACCUCAGGAUCGGGCAGCCAGCAGCCUUAAUACCCAAAGCCAAAUCAGUUGCAGUUACAUUAGUGUGAAAGCCAAGAAGAGCCCCCCCCCUCCAAAAUUUUAAAUCCCUAAGGAUUCUACAUCCUGUUUACUCCUACAACUCCCAGGUAGACCUUCCUUUCCUUUUCUUGGCAGUCGCAGCUCCAGCAACCAGACUGAGAUGAGGUAUCUGUCUGUGUGUUCAAAUUAUUAUUAAGGACUAUGAUACAUACUAUAUAUUAUGUUUUCUUUUAAGUUUUUGGCAGUCUGCUCUUGGAAAAUAGAGAAAACCUGCCCUGAGCAGUAUUUGAAUACUCUUUCUAAUCAUUGAUAACAUUAGCAAUCAGUGUUAGGCAACAGUUAAGGAUAUCAUAUAUGUUAUUUAAAAAUUAUAAAAAUCUGUUCCUUAUCGUCUAAAGGAGGUCACUUUGUCAGAAAUACUUUGAUCAAAGGUUUGAAAUAUGAGUACAAAAGUCUGACUAGAGAUAAUAUGAAUAUGGGGAAGAUGAUCUACUCCACAGACUUAGCAAGGAGGUUAACAAAGAUCAUUCAAAAAUGAAGUCCAUUAGGUAGGAUUCCCAUUAGGCUGUUUCAACAGAGCAACUCAAAACAAUAGUGACUUCAAAAGACUGAAGCAAUUGCUUUCCUACUUAAAAGACACACUGGUCUGGUAUGUGACAUUACCAGAAUCCCAGGACCUCUCUCCUUGCUCUUUAAUCCUAAUAUGCAGCUACCAUCUCAUGCUCCAAGAUGACUGCUGCAGUUCCUGCCAUCUCAUUUUCAUCUAAGACACCGGAGAGGAAGUGGAGGGAGGUUGCACAUAUCCCUUCCAGUCACAUCUCAUGGGCUAGAACCUAGCCACUAGACACAUCUAGCUGCAGAGAAGGCCAGGAAAUGUCAUCAUCAUUGGUUGCCAUGUGCCUUGAUAAAUGUAAGGGUUCUAUUACUAAAGAAACAAUGUGAAAAUUAGUACAGAUCUAAACUAUCAGUCUUUGAUGCAAAAGGGAGUUGAAAAAUAUUUCAAGUGCUUUUCAAAGUCAUCUAUUUCAUCAUCUAUUUUGCAAAGGCUAAAAUGAAAAUUCGUAACUUUGUAUAGGAUUUAAUGCUUUUCAAAACAUUUUUACAUCUAGUGUCUCACCUGAUCUUCGCUACAUUCUUGUAUGUUAAAUAGGACCUCUAUUCAUUAAUUCCAUUCAAUAGUUUGAUGCGGAGAUUCAGAUGUUGAAAGAUUUCCCAAAGAGUCUAGUUUAUUAACAAGACAGUUGCUCAGAGCCCCAGUCUUUUGACUUCAUACUUUUUACUACUUUUUAUUGCCCAUCAUUAGUACUGGGACUGGGAAUUGCAAGAACAUGAAAUCUAAUUCUUUGUUGGUGUGUAUCUCCCCUUACCUUCCCAUGGAACUGCAGUGACUUAGAAAAUGCCAAGGAGACAGCUAGAGUUAAUCCUGGACUCCCUGCCUCCAGGAAGGGAGCCUCUUAUUAGGAGUGAAGUGUCCAGGAAACACAAGCACUCAAACACCUCUGCUUGGAGGUCCACCCCACCCAAUCCAAACACUGUUCCACAAUUCCUUAGGGAAGCUCAGUGGUGGAAAUAUUUAGAAUCAGUAGCAGCCUAAAUAGAGGAGCUUAAAAGGGGGAUUAAUAGAACCCCUGCUAAAAAAAAAAAAAAAAAAAAAAAAAAAAAAAAAUUCCUUCCUUCUCCACUUCUUCCCCAGGUCCCUGGAAUUUUAUUGCCAACUUACUGCUUUGGUUCUUAAAAGUUUGAUUUGGUGUUAAAUGAAUCCCUUUCUACAUUUGCCAGGGAGAGGAAUUGCUCUAAGUUGUCAUAAGCUAGCAUCUCCACACAGAGGGUUUAUCUGAUUCCUCUGCAACCCUGACCGCCAGGGGAGAAGCAGUGCCCGCGUAACGGGGCCCUGCAGAGGUGGGGCGGGGAGAGGAAGGGGAGCGAUGGAGGAAAGUAGGACUUCUAAAAUGGAAGCGGGUCUUUCAAAGGUGGAAAGAUGAGGAAUUAAAUAUGUGCCAGGGAAUACUGAAAAUAGAAGAGUGAGUCAUACAGUUUCUGUCCUCAAGAACAAGGGCCGUCUGGAGACAGCAGACUGUGAUUCUUUUGGCCGUUGAAAAGAGCAGGAAAAGGCAGGAAGCUCAUGAGACAGGACCAGAGCGCUGGGAUGGGUUUAGGGACUGAAUUAGGGUUGGGUCAAAGAGAAAGCUGGGUCAGACUUAGGCAAAGAAUACUCUGAUCUGACCACAGCUGUGUCUCUAAGGCUUUUCUUUUCCAUAGUCCUUGUGCCUCUGCUGGUCACAAGAGCUCCAGCUGAAAGUCUGCAGGUGGUAUCAGGCUGGCUGAGUCUGAUGACUCUGCCCAUUUGGGCCACCUCCGGGGAGACUGCAAAGGUCCUUUCUCCAAGGCACUUCCAACUUUCCUUCUAACCCCCUUCCUUCCAUCCCUACUGGACAUAGCCUGCUGUUCUCUUAACCACAUUCACCUGGACACAGCCAAACGAAUGCCCUGGAACUUUGAAUUAGCCCCUCUGGGCCAGUGGGCAGGCUCUGAGACCUGUGCGUUUUGUAGCCUAAUGGAUGGAAUGCAGAUGGACCCAUCGUCACAACACGCUGAUAGGACCAACCUACCUUGCAGAGGUGCUGAGAUUUCCAGAGCACUGGCCUCACCGUGCACACCAGCAACAUCUGCAAAACAAAAGCCCCUGAACUUCCAAACAAGGACUCGAGGCAACCUAACAGAACGACGGAUCUGAGAACAGGGAAGCACAGAUGUUUCCUGAGCUUGUGUUCUAAGCCGUUUAUGGGAAAGACUGCAACUGUCAUCCUUUGGCACACUGAGUGGAACCUCUGUGAGUUACACGUGCUGUUGCUCUGUGGGAACUCGUCGAAGGGCCAGAUGUCAGAGCUGAAAAACCUCAGUUCUUGCCGGGGAAAGCAGCGUCUGACAGAGCAGAGUGUGUGUGAUGUAGUCAUUGCCACAUUUGUCUUCCACAAACUUGUCAUUUUUUUUUUUAACCAUGGCCAUCUUUUCCUUCCUUCUUCCCCCACCCCCAGAAGCACCUGCUGGGUUUUGCUUGCAUUAUUUUUCAUUGAACAUAUCAAAGAUGAAAAAUGUUGGAAAGAAAACUGGACUUUUAUCAGGUGUCCCAUUUUAAAUGUAAAGAUAGUUACCCAAUAGAUAGUAAAUUAUUUCUCCUGAGAGAUAUUUCCUUUUGUUUCUGUGCAAUAAUAUGUAUGAACUCGGGUACUAGGAGAUUGUAUUGUGAGAUUAUCAACCUUUAUUGCUGUUUAAAAAUGAUAGUUUGUAGAACUGAGGAUUUCCAUUGAUGUGAAGCACAAUUUAAUGAAUAAGUUAACAUAUUAAACUGUUGUGAUGUCAAGAA